CGUAACGAAAUGUCGCUUCCAUAUAUCAAAGACUGAUUGUUUGUGCUGAAAGCGGAAGAGACAUUUGCACCAAACUGUAUUACACCGCUCCACCAACGCCAAAAUGUUAAUCGCCAACGUCGCCUCGGUUUUCUUGCUUUUCUCCGGUCUUUCUGCCGCCGUACCAAGCCCCAUACUUCCGCAGGCGAAUGACAACACCCUGGAAAUCCGUGCGUCGAAGGAUGUCAAUCCAGCAGCCGUCACUGGCACCACAUGCACAGACAAGGCCGCCAAGAUUGAUACCCACGACAUGAACGUUGCUACACUAGCUAUCUGCGGUGGCAUAGCAGGGUCCAUCCAGAAGUGCGGCGGCGCACCAAAGAGCACCACGGGGGUAUCGGGAACCGCCAAAUUUACCUUGAACCCAACUGCUUCUGGAGCCACCAUCAACGUCUCUAAAGGCCGCUGGGAAGGGUGCAUUCGAGCUGCGAGGGCCACUUGCCCUAGUGGUAGUUUCAAGUCAACCUGCAAAGGAGGCGCAAGCACGGGGGAUGUCGCCUUCACGCUCACGAAUCCAUAGAUAUUGUUCUAAUUAGAUCAUGAACUACCUCGCCUAGUUCCGAAGCAAAUUGAAGCAUUUA